UUUGACAUUAUUUACUGCCUAACCAAAAUAUUUUAUGUUAAUGUUCAAUAACAUUUAGAUUCAUUAUAAUGAAUGAAAUGCAAUUUUAUUUGUAACACAAAUUCAGCUAGUAUAAAUACAAAGGAUUUGAAAUUUAGGAAAUAAGAAUGACUACAAAUCAACAAUUACAAGGUGACGUAGCUAAUAAUAUUCAAUGUACAGAUGUUUCAUCCACUUCAAAUCUUACCCCGAUCCUAUUUACUCCAAAAUUCAAGAUAAAAGGCAGAAUUUCAUAUAGAAAUUUCCGUGGAAGAUUCACCACUGAUCCCUUCCAUUUCCAUUCCGAAGCUAUUCCUAAAUUUAAUCCUUAUGAUGCACCAAAAAAUGCAGCUGAAACGAUAUCCACAAGGAAAGCCCUCAUAUCAAUAUUGGGCGUAUUUUUAGGAUCUCUUUUUUUAUUAAUUCUAGUGUAUAGCUCAUUUCCAAAUGUUACAGAAGAAGAAAAAGUUCAUUUGAAGGUUCCUUUUAGUAUAGAAGAUGCAAAGAAUUUGGGUCUAGUUUUGAAUAGGUAUAAGGUGGACCAUUAUUACCAAGUUAUGCUUGGAGUAUUCUUGAUAUACAUAUUUCUACAGACAUUCGCCAUUCCUGGAUCCUUGUUUUUAUCUAUUCUGUCUGGAUUUCUAUUUCCAUUCCAUGAAGCUUUAAUUUUGAUAUGCAUUUGCUCAGCAUUAGGAGCAUCACUUUGCUUCCUUUUAUCUCAAUUAGUUGGGAGAAAACUUGUUAUGAAGUUAUGUCCAAAGAAAGCUGAGGAGUGGGCUGUACAAGUAGAUCAACAUAAAGAUAAUUUGCUAAAUUAUAUAAUAUUUCUCAGAAUGACUCCAAUCCUACCGAAUUGGUUCAUAAAUCUAACAGCACCUCUAUUGGGAGUACCAUUGGUACCAUUUGCACUAGGAACUUUUAUUGGAGUUGCACCCCCUUCAUUUUUUGCAAUUCAGGGUGGAAGAACUUUACAAGAUUUAACAUCGACCCACAACCCACUUAGUUUGAAUUCUGUAGGGUUAUUGUUUCUUUUUGGUAUUGUAUCCCUCAUUCCAGUAUUUCUGAGAAAGAGAAUGAAGGAUAAGGAAAAUUGAUUGUUUUUUUUAGUUUGAAAUUGUAGACUUCUAGAUUUGCCAAAUCAAUAAAUAAUUUCAGAAAAUAAGAUGC